UAUGUAUUUUUCUGAAUUUGCAAGAUAAGGUUGGAGAAGCAGCAGCAACACACACACACAGAGCAUAAGAGGUUGAAAAAAAUGGCUUACCAUCUUUGCUCUUCUUCCCCUUCCUCUCUCUUCCACGACCCACCAUUCAUCUCUUCCUCCAAAUUCAAACUUCGAAACCUUGCAUUUUCCUUUCAAAACCCUUCUCAAUCCAAAACUCUUCUCCACAUUUCCCUUCAAGAACCCAUUCCGCAACAGCAACAACAAGAUGUUAACUCCGAAAAUGACGCAAAAUCUACUUCCUCCAAAAGCAGUUACAUAUGGGUCAAUCCCAAUAGCCCCAGAGCCAAACAACUUGGGAAGAAAUCUUAUGAUGCAAGGUACAAUUAUCUUGUCAAGUUUUCCAACUCCUUGGAUUCAUGUCAUCCCAACCAACAUGAUGUUUCUCAAAUUUUGGACCGUUUAGGAGAUAAGGUUGUUGAGCAUGACGCUGUGACUAUCAUCAACAAUAUGGAGAAUUCAGUUGUUGUACCUUUUGUUCUUCGGUAUCUUCAGAGGAAGAUUAGACCCACUAGGGAGGUGAUUCUUUACAAUGUUACUCUCAAGGUGUUUAAAAAAUGUAAGGAUUUGGAUGGUGCAGAGAAGGUGGUUGUUGAAAUGCUUCAGAGAGGGGUGAAGCCUGAUAAUUUUACUUUUUCAACUAUAAUUAGCUGUGCUAGGUCUUGUUAUUUGCCCGAAAAGGCUGUCGAGUGGUUUGAAAAGAUGCCAUCAUUUGGUUGUGAACCUGAUGAUAUUACGUACUGUGUUAUGAUUGAUGCUUAUGGAAAGGCUGGUAAUAUUGAUAUGGCUUUGCACUUGUACGAUCGUGCUAGAACCGAGAAAUGGCGCAUUGAUCAUGUGACGUUCUCUACGUUGAUUAAGAUGUAUGGGAUUUCUGGAAAUUAUGAUGGAUGCUUAAAUGUUUAUGAAGAAAUGAAGGCUCUUGGUGUUAAGCCUAACUUGGUUGUUUAUAACACUCUUUUGGAUGCCAUGGGGAGAGCAAAGAGGCCGUGGCAGGCCAAAACUAUAUAUAAAGAGAUGAUAAAUAAUCAAAUUUUGCCAAAUAGAUCAACCUAUGCGUCUCUCUUACAUGCCUAUGGUAGAGCACGGUUUUGUGAGGAUGCUCUCAUUGUAUAUAGGGAAAUGAAGGCACAAGGAAUGGAUUUGAAUACCCAUCUUUAUAAUACCCUUUUAGCUAUGUGCGCUGAUGUUGGUUACACUUACCUGGCAUUUGAAAUUUUUGAAGACAUGAAAAGUUCCGAUACUUGCAGUCCCGAUAGUUGGACAUUCUCUUCCUUGAUUACCAUAUAUUCCUGCAUUGGGAAAGUUUCAGAGGCUGAGAGAAUGAUGAAUCAAAUGAUUGAAUCUGGAUCUGAGCCUACUAUUUUUGUUCUAACUUCGCUCGUCCAGUGCUAUGGAAAAGCCAAGCGCACUGACGAUGUUGUGAAGACAUUUCAUCAGCUCUUGGAUAUGGGCCUUGCACCGGAUGAUCAAUUUUGCGGUUGUCUUCUGAAUGUUAUGACCCAAACACCAAAAGAAGAACUUGGUAAGUUAACGGAUUGUGUCAAAAAGGCUAAUCCAAAGCUAGGCUCUGUGGUAAGAUAUGUGGUGGAUGGGCUGGAAGGUGAUGGAGAGUUCCGAAAAGAAGCAUUAGAACUCUUCGGUUCAGUUACCGAUGGAGUAAAGAGGGCAUUUUGCAAUUCUCUGAUUGAUCUUUGUAUCAACCUGGAUUUGUUGGACAAAGCAUGUGUGCUUCUUGACCUUGGGUUGACACUUGAGAUAUAUACUGAUAUACAAUCCAGGUCUCAAACUCAGUGGUCUUUGCACUUAAAGGGUCUCUCAGUUGGAGCUGCGCUGACUGCGUUCCAUGUUUGGAUGAACGAUUUCUCUAAGGCUUUGGAAUCAGGAGAGGAGGACCUUCCGCCACUGUUCGGGAUCAAUACCGGUCAUGGGAGACACAGGUAUUCCGAGAAAGGUUUAGCAAGUGUUAUUGACUCACAUAUGAAGGAAAUCAAUGCUCCAUUUCGGGAGUCUCCUGAUAAGGCUGGCUGGUUUUUGACUACACGGGUAGCAGUCAAGUCAUGGAUGAAGUCUAGGAGUUCAUCUGAAUUAGUUGCUGCAUAACUAAUGAACUACAUGGUUGUUAGAUGUUCUAACACCGGCUUUUAUCUGGUGAUAAUAUAGUUUUUCCUUGUCUUUUUAGGAAAUUUUGUAUUAGCUUCAUAAGUAUCAAUUGUUUUAUUUGGAUGCCUUAUAGAGUAAAUGAAGACCUGAUACUAGUGUAUACUAUCCUGUUUGGUGGCGCCUGGUUUCUAUGCAAUUGUGUAAUAUAGGAAAACUAUAAAUUCUGCUAA